UGCGAUAGACGUGGCAGGAGUUGCUUUAUCUGUAGUAUGCUACAUGGCUAAAGUACCGACGAUACCAUAGGUAACCGCAACGCAAUGUUUCAUCAAGUAUAGACAAGUUUAGAUAAGAAUAUUUUGAGUGUAGUAAAGUCUUAUUAAUUUUUGACGGUGCAUUGAAGAACACUUCAGUGAGCAGUGGCUAAGAUGUCCGGCUUUGACGAAAAUCCUUUUGGGGAACCGAAUAUCAAUGAUCCAUUUUCAGAUCCUGCGAUAAGAAGGGCUGUAUCUUCUACUCCAGCUAAUAGGGGUUUAGAAGAUUACAAUCCUUUCGCGGAACAAGGUUCACAAGGAACUGCACAAGUCAGAGGUGCAUCAAAUCCUCCCAUCUAUGGAGGUAUUGGAGCUACACAGCAACCAGCUACACUUCAGCCUUCAAAUCAGGAACCUCCUGCAACUAAUUAUGCCCGUACUCCACAGCAAACAGUGAAUACAUCACUUGGAAGCACAUUAUCCCCUACUUCAGAUGUAAAUCAAAGAUCAGAGCCAGGAUGGAAAGCAGGAACAGAAGAAGACAUAAGGAAUACACCAUACUAUCCAAAAAGGAACAAUUGGCCACCUCUACCUGACAAAUGCUGCUGCCAACCUUGCUUCCACCAAGAUAUCGAUGUGGAAAUUCAUACAGAUUUUCAGAAGGUAGUCAGACAACUAUACCGUUUAUGGAUGUUUCACGGCUGUAUUUUAAUUCUAAACGUUAUUGGUGGAUUUAUUCUACUGUUAUGUACCGGAGCAUUUUCAACAUUUGGUCUUGGGAUAUUGUAUUUAAUACUUUUUACUCCAUUCUCGUUUUUAUGCUGGUUCAGACCAGCAUACAAGGCUUUCAAAAACGAUAGCUCUUUUAACUUCAUGGUAUUUUUCUUCGUCUUCUUCUUUCAAUUAAUCGUCACAGGGAUUCAGGCCAUAGGCAUUCCUGGCUCAGGAACUUGCGGUAUUAUACUUGCUAUCACGAUGUUCGACAACACAGCUAAAGGAAUAUUCCUUGGCUUUCUACUGCUCCUUAUUGCUCUUUGUUUCGUACUUGCUGCAUGCGGAGAUCUGCUAUUAUUAACUAAGAUUCAUCGCAUAUAUCGCUCGUCGGAUGCGAGCGUUUCGAAGGCACAACAAGAAUUCGCCACAACUUUCUUGCGCAAUGAACAUGUGCAAAAUGCGGCAAGUAACGUCGCUGCCACUGCUGUGCGCGCCCAAAUGGCUAAUGCUGCUAAUCAACCACGCUAUUAAAGUGAUUUCACAACACUCCAGGAUUUAUUCUUCAGGUACUCUCUGACGUUUUACUACUCAGUAAAAUCGUAUGUGUAGAUCAUCUUAAUAAUGUGCAUUACUCGGGACUCAAAAUUAUAAUGUUCCAUAGAAGAUUCUAUUCUUACAGUGAAAACGAGAAAAUUAUACUACUCAUUCAUAAAAUCAUUUUUCUUUUUUUCUUGGUACGUUCGAAGUUUUAUUCAUGCACGUUUUCUCCGAAAAAUGAUUGAUUCGUAUAGUUUAUCGAAAGAUCUCAAAUGAAUAAUCACAAAUUUACUCUUGGCAAGUGUUUAACGAUUUAUGUAUUUCUUUAUUCCCCAUAACAGUAUUUUAAAUUGGAUUAACACAAUUAUUAUGUGGGUAUGUAUGUGUAUUAUUUAAAACAUAUAUGAUGUGUAUAUCCUUUUUGUUUGUAUUGAUUGAAAAUGAGUCAUAAAAUAAUUUAUCAUCUAGUAAAGAAACGAGCUAAUAAUAAUCAUAUCACUAAUUCUUAUAUUAUUGCUUCUAUAUACAUGAACAUAUUUACUAGCUUUUGUAUUUUAGUGGCACUUUAAUCAUGACGUUGUAAUCAUGUGCGGCUUUAUAUAAAUGGAAAGCGUUCGAUUGUGUUGAAAAUCAAAAUAAUUUAAUUUAACAUGAAAAUAUGUUGUAUCCACGAGUAUAGAUUUCAAUUUUUUGUUUUACGGAACGUUAAUUUAACUACCGAUGGUAGGGGAAUAUAAGGCAUCCAUCCUUUUGUCUACCUUUAAUAACGUCCUACACAUUCCUUAAAUCGUGUAAUAUACAUUAUAUGGCCUUUCUUUAAAUUAAGUACUUGUUACUUAGAUCCUUAAAAUAUUCUAUAACUUUGUAAAGUUUAAACUAUAUAUACAUAUAAAUAUUAUAUAUAUAAAUAUAUAUAGAUAAUGGAUAUUUUGAAAAGAAACCGAAUAUUACUUUUACAUAUUGUUUAAUUAUUUAUUAAUUAUCGAUAAAUUAUUUGUAGAGUAUGAAAAUUGGUUUAUAUCGUUGCUGUUACCUAAUUGGGUGUAAUCUAAAUGUCUCAAUGAACUGGAAAGUUUAUGUCAAGUAAAAAAUGUUCAGAAAUAUAGGAAAAGAGUGGUUGAAGGAUCUUUGUUAUGUACUGAGACUAAUCAAACAAAGAUAUUGUGCUCUUUAAAUAUAUUUUUACAUAUAUAAUACUGUUUAAAUUGAUUGCAAUAAUUAUUACAUACCUUCAUUGUAUAGCAAUGAACAAUAAAUGACUUCGUUUUGUAUAAAAAAAGAAAAGUAAGAAAGAAAUGUUAUUUAAAUUUUAUAAAUACGCACUGGUACAUUUACUUAUGUAAGAAGCAAAGAAAAGAAAAGCGAUAAAUAAAAAUUUAGUUUGCUCAUAAAAAAGGAGAUCUCUUUCACACCAAUGAUUAGCACAAAAAUUUUUCCAUUUAACAUAAUAAAUAUUUAUAAUAAAUUUUCCAGAUUCUGUAAACCAAUAGUCUUCAACAAUAUUUUGCCUAAAAUUCCGGAAUUAUAAAUCAUCAAUUUUGAUCCAUGAUUAGAUAAGCUUAUCUUUCAAUUCGACAAACAAAGUAUACAUUAUAAAAAUACAAACGCACCUUUAGAUCGAUACGUUGCAAUUGGAUCUAUUGGAAAUGAAUAACUAAGAUUGAUCUCGUCCGUAGAUCCCGUUCCGAUUAAUUUCGCUACGAAUAUAGCAUCCAUAAUUUCUAUAUCCGAUCUGUACAUUAAUCUAGCGUGUCCUUCGGCUAGUCUGAAGAAAAUUGUUACGCCGAAUGUUUAAAACAAAAAAUGCUUUAAAUGUCUUGUCUCUUGUUACCUAAUAAGACUGUCCAAAAGUCGAA